CUCGGGUUACACUCUCUUUCAUUCAUUCCUUACCACCUUCCUACAAAACACACCAUACACCACACACACACACACACACACACACACAGCCCCGUCAACCCACUCCAUUUACGACACCCACCUACUAUAUACCCCUCCCCUAAACAGACAUUCACCCACUCACCAUCUGUAGCCUCCCUUCUCCCCCACCUCCUCCCACCCUCUGUUCCCCCUCCUCAAGAAGUAGACCUGCACAGUGGGGAGGAAGGGACCCCAGCCAGAUGCUCCAGUCCGCCGGGCUGCACUGACCUCAGCUUGCUUAGUCCGAAGAAACUACAACAAAGGAGAAGGGACACUCCACCCCCCACCCCCCAACCAAGAAACCAAUGCCCUCAAGCUCGGAAAAAAGAAAGAAAAAAGAAACUGAGCUUGGAGGUUGCAGAGGUGCUGGGGUCUGCCUGAAGGUAGUGAGCCCUAGCUCCUAGGUGGGGGCCAGGUCCAGAGCAGGAGCUGGGGCAGGCUUGGGGAGUGGGCUUGCAUUAGAGAAGACGAGAAAGAGAGGACGCCUGCCGGAGCUUCAGAGCUUUUUCUCGGCUCGGACGCUGCCAGUCACCAUGGGAUGCUGCACCGGGCGCUGUACUCUCAUUUUCCUCUGUACUCUGCAGCUGAUCUCAGCAUUAGAGAGGCAGAUCUUUGAUUUCCUUGGUUUCCAGUGGGCUCCAAUUCUUGGAAAUUUUCUACACAUAAUAGUUGUCAUCUUGGGACUGUUUGGAACCAUUCAGUUUAGACCUCGAUAUAUAGUGGUGUACACAGUGUGGACUGCCCUGUGGGUCACCUGGAAUGUUUUCAUUAUCUGCUUUUAUUUAGAAGUAGGCGGACUGUCUAAGGACACCGACCUAAUGACAUUUAACAUCUCAGUGCACCGGUCUUGGUGGCGGGAACAUGGACCAGGCUGUGUACGGAGAGUGCUGCCACCUUCGGCUCAUGGAAUGAUGGAUGACUACACUUAUGUGUCCGUGACGGGCUGUGUUAUCGACUUUCAAUACCUGGAGGUCAUUCACAGUGCCAUCCAAAUACUGCUCUCUUUGAUUGGCUUUGUGUAUGCCUGUUAUGUGAUCAGUGUUUUCAUGGAGGAAGAAGACAGCUUUGACUUCAUAGGUGGACUUGACACACACUCCUAUCAUCAAUCCCCCCAGGAUCAUGUUGAAUUAAAGCCUGUUAAACCUGUCGAAAUAAAUAACGAACACUGACCUCCUUCUGCAGCGGAAGUCGAUCUUGAAAGGAAAGAUUCCCCCAGCUGAAAAUGCAGCACAUCUGGAAUUCUUCACGGAGACUGGACUGUUCUCUGUUUUUCCACUUGUCACUGAAUCCUUCAGUCACGGCAUUUGUAUUAUUAGUAUUGUCACUAGACAAAUUGUAGGUGUUUAGGUGGGUAUUUUUUAAACCAUCAUUCCCUUCAAUGGACACUUGUAAAUUGUAUAAAAAAAAAGUUUUUAAGUUUUUUUGUAUGAUAUCUAGUAUGUGGCAUGGGAAACAAAAAGAAUCUCCAGUCAACUUCCAAGUGAAUUAUAUGUGUGUAUUGUUGAGAUAUUAAGUCAGCAUUUCCUAAUGGAUGUGGGGUUGUACUGUGGGGGGUAAAGUCUGUGGCAACAGAGAAUAUCUGUGGAAUAUAGGCACCAAGAUAGUCGCUAUGGCAAAUGUCAGAUGUGUAAAAAUGGUUUAACAGGUAUUGUGACUAUUAAGAGGUCGUGUUUUCAAAAUGAUUCUAUACAAUAUGGAAUAAUCUUUUAGUUCUGGCAUUUAAAAUCCCCAAAUAAUCAUCAUUCCACAUUUCCAAAUCCCCAUAUCAUUCCUUAUUCCUUUCUUACUCAUUUGUUGUUUGUUUGAGGGUCAUGAAUCUGAAGAAGAGUCAAACAAAUACAAUUGGCACAGCUUUCAUGUCAGGGUGGCCAUCCAUUAUAUGUCUGUAAAUUGUCCACUUUGGGCUCCACUCACUGGACACUAAAAGGGUAGAAUUGGAAGGGCUGGAAAUCAUCUAGCUCAACCCCUUCAUUUGACAGGUAAAGAAAUUGAAAGCCAGACAGGCAACCAACUUGUUCAAAGUUGAAGAGCUAAUUCUACUAAUGUGGUUUUGAGGGCAGCACCCAUCACAUUUGUGAAACUUUUGGGGGCAUACAUUCCUUUUAGUAUGUGUGGCAUGAAAUGUCUGUAAAUACUUCUAAAGUGGCAUCUGUUAAAUAUCUAGCUUUUUCUCCACUUCUGACAACAUACCUAAGAAAGUGAUAUAGAAAAAUCAUUUCCUGAGGUGGAGAGAACUAUUAAGAACAAUCUUAGCUUUCCUUUGCUCCAUUGCUAUUAUUUCCUAUGUAAAAGGGGUUUUUAUUAUGUGAAACAGGGGGAACAAGGUCUUUUUUGGACUACAAAUCUACUUGGCCCACUAACAACUUGUCUAAAUAUGCCAAUUUUUGGCAUAACUGAAGAAACUAAAAACUUUAAAAUAUGUCAUUUGGGAUGUGAGUUAAUUACAAUGAUAGAGAGGUAUUUGUGGACUUCUAAAACAAUUAGUUUGAGUUCAGUGGUAAUCCACACUCCAUCAAACGCAAAAUAGUUUUCACAUUCAUGGAAAUUUCCUUUCAUCACAAUUAUUAAAACAAACACACACUCACACAUUCUAGCUAAAGAAUAAUAGAAUUUAGAAAAGCAGCUUUGGAUCGUGCAUACAAAACCAGACUUUGAGUAAGACAGACCUAGAUUCAAAUACUUUUCCAAACAUUCACUAGCUGCAUGACCCUAGCUAGACAAGUCAUUGUGUUUCUCUGGGACCCAGUUUCCUCACCUAGAAAAUGAAGGAAUGAUAUUAGAUUAACUUUAAGGUUCCUUCCAGUGCUAAAGCAAUUUUCUUGUAAAUUUAGAGCUAGAAGUGACUAAUAUUUGAGUCUUAAUCUGAAUUUUACCUAUAGAACAACUGAGAUAUAUAGAUAAUUGAAGGGACCUACUAGAUCCUGAAAGAAUCAGAAUUAGAAUUUAGGUCUCAAGGAGUCUUGAGGGCUCUCUCUCUCUCUCUCUCUCUCUCUCUCUCUCUCUCUCUCUCUCUCUCUCUCUCUCUCUCUCUCUCUCUCUCUUUCUCCCCAUCCCAUUGCCCCCAUCUUUCUGUCUCUGUAUCUCUCAUAAAUUAACUUUUGUAACAAACCUAUUAGAACAAACUGGGCAAAAGAAAUGUCUCUGAGGUUGGGGUUUUGGGGGGAGGGGGUAAGUUGUUCAUUUCUUUUUACCUAAAAUUUGUAUUUUAAGGAAAGAAAGCUUUUGUAUGCCUGCCUCCCUUGUCCCUUCUACCUCUAGAUAUUUUUAUUUAUUUGGAAAGGGUAUGAGCAACUUUUAGUCUAUAAUUCUCCCAAGUAAAUAGCUAUUUAUUAUACUGUAGAGGGUUUUUUAAAAUCUUCACUUAAAUAAUGAUGUUGAAUAAUAAGAUAAUUGGUUUAGAAAGAUGAGAAACCUUAGAAAUCCUCUAAUCUAUUCCUCUAAUUUUAGACAAAGAAAUUGAGACUCAGAAAGAUUAAGUGAUUGGCCAAUAUCAAAAACCCAGGGGUAAAACCCAAUUCCUAUAACUACAAAUUUGGCACGUAACAUAUAAUGCCGCUCAGCCUUCCAAGACUCCAGCUUUGGGAGCUCUGUCUCACCCUUGACCUGUGCUCUUUGACAUUGUUAGUUUGAAGCAUUUCUUCAUGUUGUUUGUGAUGACUUGUGUAGUCUUUGUUUGUAAAGUUAGCAUCUCUACCCUGUGGCUUUAGAGUGGUACCCAGGCUCUCUCCUUUGUGAAGACUAUGUGGCCCCAGGACAAUGGAAUCUGUGUUCUCCCCUGAUCCUGGCCUUUCCAGACUUCCCUCAAAGCCAGUUCACCUGAUAAGCCAAUUCUCUCUGACUGUUCAAAAUACCUGCCCAUUGGAGGCUCUCCCAUCAACUUCUGUUUGGAAAGACUAUAUUUAGGUUUCAGACCUGGAAUGUCUGCUUUGCCUCAUUGCAAGCAAUCUCUUCUUAUGGUAAUAAUCACUCCCAAUUUCAGUGAAAUUUAUAGAAAAUAACUGGGGAUGCGUCUCAGGAAUAGAACUAGAAAGAUUUCUCCCUAUAUAUACAAAUACUUAAUUUUCAUGGGACUGCUCAGAGGACAGAUAUCUUGAGGGAAAUUAUAUUCCGCCAUUAUAGGAUGAUUCUAAUCUGCAUCACCAGCUUAAUAGAUGUUUCUAUAUUGUCAAGCUCUUUUAGAUAAUUGGGCUUGAUAAUAAAUUCAGUCAAAUGACACCUGCUCUGUGUCAGGCUCUGUGCUAGGCACUAGGACUAAAAAUACAAAAGCUAGGCAAUCCUUGCCUGAGAAUUUAUACUCUCUUAGAGUUUAUAGAUAAAUGAACACAAGCUAUAAAUAAAAUACAAAAGAAUUUGAGGGAAAGAAUCAGAGUUCUACCUUGGACUUGGGAGCAAACUAGUGAUUGAGGUAAGCCACAUUACCGAAUUCUCAUGUACUAGAUCUGUAUGUGGUCAGAAAGUUAAAAGAGAAUUCAAUAAACACUGUAGAAGUGUCUAUGAUAUCCAAGGCCCUGGACUUGGACUCGAUCAAGUCUAAUACUGAUAUAAAAAUUGUCCAGAGAUUUGUCGAUAGGCACGGCUACCAAUCAUACUUAGUAAUAUGAAGAAACAAGUAAACACUGGGUUAUUCUAUGCUCAGAACAUAGACCCAUGGCCUAUAAAAACAAAUAGGUCCUAAUCAACAGGCUUAAGCCACAUUACAUAGGUUUUGGUUACAUAGACAGGAUGGAUACAACAAAGGGAAGAAGGGGAAGGUAAUGAUUUCUCUAUCAAAGAAGAGAUAGCAGAAGGAUUGUAUCUACAUCCUGUAAAAUAAGAACCUGGUCAUUAUACAUUGAGGAUAUAACUGGAAUUUGCUAUAACUACUAACAGAGCUAUAGACAUGGUCAUCCUAAGUAAAUAGAGGUAAUGAACUUGAGGCGGAAAUUCCCUUAUCUUUGACCAGUUAAUCAUGAAAGGUACCCUUGGAUGUUUCAGCUUGAUUUUGUAGAUUCUGGCUAGUGAUAUGACUUCAUUGUCUUAAGCAAAUGAUGGUAAGAAAGAAAGACCAGAAAGUGUCUCAUGGUAGCAUGAUCCAAGCCCCUCCUUCCAGACCAUUAAGGCAGAAUGGGAACAAACACUGUCGGUUGAAUUCAGAAAUUUCUAAGUAAAGAGGGAAAUGAAGAGUUAUCACCUUGACAGACUUUUCUAUAGGACCCACUAUGGGCCAAGCACAUUGCGAAGCACUGAAAAAUCUAUUUUAACUACCCUAGCCUGAUAACUGCUCUGUAUAAUGGGAUCCUUCCCUUUCCACAUUUAGCACUGAUAAUUUCCAUUUAAUAACGUGUUAUUGUGAGUUGAGACUAGGAGAAGUUGGAAUAUUGUUGACUUUCUGUUCAAACAUACAAAAGUAGUGUUAUGUAGUAGAGGGAAUUCUGGAGUUGGAAUCAGAGGACCUAGAUUCGAGUCCUGGUCCUACCAUACACUAGUGUGAUUUUGAGCCAGUUAUUUAAUCUUUAUCAUCUUUGGUUUCCUCAUCUGUAACAAGAACUUUGCUGUCUGGUUCUUAGAGUUAAGGUGAGGAUCAAAUGAAACCAUUUUUAUAAUAACUGAAAAGUGCUUAUCAAAUGUAAAGCAUGAUUUGUAUUAUCAUUAUAAUCAUCCUUCCUUGCUGCCAACUACCUCUCUUACCAAAAUAAUCACAAGGGAAGAGUUCAAUCAAUUCAAUAAAUAUAUACUAGAAUACCAGUGACCAACUCAGUACUGUGCUAGAUGAUGAGUUAAAGUGAAAGAAAUUAAAUGGUUCUUGCCCUCAAGGAACUUUACAUUCUGGUGGGGGAGAAUGCAAGUAUGCAAGUAAAGAAAAAGUAAUUUCAGGUGGAAAAGAACUGGGAACAUCGGGAAACCCAGUGUAGGAGUUAACUGAGCAAUGCUUUCAAGGAAAGACUCCGUGAAGUCGGAAUAAGAAAAUAGUGUUUUGUACACAGAGGUGGAUUAAGGAACAUCAUGGAUAGGAAAAAGCCUCCAAGCCAGACUAGAGAGGGACUGUCUGAAGGAAAAGCAACAUAUCAUAACACUGAAAAAGAACUGAACAAGAGCCAAUCUGUGGAGGACUUUAAAUGCCAGGUCAAGGAUUUUUGUUUUAUCUGAGAGAUAAUGUGGAGAUGAUGGGAAAAAAAAGCAGGGAGUUGGGGGGGAGCAUUGGUGGAGUGGGAAGAAGUGAUAUGAUCAGAUCUGUGUUUUAGAAAUAUCAACAAAAUAUGGAAUGCUUUAUAAAUUUGUAUUGGGGGUGGAAAACGCUGAAGGAAUAAAUAGCAAGAUGACAGUUUUCUCCUAUGGGAAGAAAACAGUCUACAUCAGAGAAGCCUUUGACAUGGCUGGAUAAAUGUGUUAAAAAUUCAUCCCAAUGUAUCUCUCUGCUGACAUAAUGCAAAAUUUUCAAAUUUUUAAAAACUCUAAUAGAAACAUAUGUCUCUACCACUUAAACUCUGGAAGAUGCCUGAGACUAGUCUGGUUUGAACAUCACUUGACAUCUUUCCCAAGCAAAAUAUUGACUUUUUUUUUCCUUCAGAAAUAAAAGAGCCCUGCUAUUUCCUAUAGACCUAAAUAAAGAAGGCAGCCAACUUAAAUAGUCUAGAGCUUAACAAAAUAUGGCAAGGCUGCCAUCUGUCUCACUUAAUGAUGGGACACUUCUGAUUGAGAAGAAUUUAUCUUCAUUAGAAUCAUCUAAAAUGUAUACAGCAAAGCUGAGGAAAACCAUCAUGAUUUUCUCCUAAAUUGAGAGGCAAAUAAAAAACAAAAUUGCACUUUUCAAUCUUUUGCAAAUUGGAAAGGAAUCUUGCUCAGAAUGAAUGGAUCUGCAUUUUAUACUUAAUUUUAAAGUCUCUCUGGAGUCCCUAGAAAUAUGAAGACAGUACCCCAUUACCACGUUGACUGAUGUACUUUACAGGAAAUCCUGAUCUGUAAUUUCGAAGCAACCUCGGUGUGUCUCUGAGGAGGAAAGAGAUGUUUGGGGCCUGGAGAUUAACCAAUUGAUCAGAGUUUGAAUGGUUCAAUUUGGAACUGACUUGUCUUGACAUCUUAACAGUGGUAACAUCUGCUUUCAGCAAGCGAAUGUGUUAUCUAGGAAAAAUAAAAAUAAUUUACCCUCCUAAGCCUGGAAA